AUGAAAGAAAAAAAUUACUCAUAAAGAGUCAAAAAGAUUAGAAAACUCUCACCAAAAAAGCAUUAAUAAUAAGAUGAUUUAAGUUCUCCAAUAAUAACUAAUGAAGACCUAUUAUCUAAGCAUCAAAGUUUAUGUUCAAGUUUACUGUCGAGUCCUGAAUCAACCAAAUUUGUUCCAGGAAGCAUGUUAGAAUUCUUACUUAACAUAGAAGAAAUUCAUUUCCCUCUCUCUAUUUGA